AUGCCAAGCGGAAUACAGCAAGCUUCUCAACUUUAUAAUACUCUCAAAGCAGAAUUUACUUCUGCCUCACCUGAUUUGAAUAAAUGUGGUUCUUACUUAGCAAAACUCAAGAUUGCAUUGUCAGAAAUGCAACUUUUACUUCCUAGAGAAGAACUUACUAAUCCGGAGGAGCUUCUCAUUGCACGUAUGGAAAAUUUAAGUGAAUGUUUUACAGCUUACUGGAGUGUUCAUGUCAAGGAUAUACCAUCUUUUGAGCGAUACAUAGCUCAAUUGAAUACAUAUUAUACUGAUUAUAGCUCGCUACUUAAACCUUCAGAUCAAAUGUAUCCUUUGACAGGGUUGAAUCUUCUUCGCUUACUUUCCCAAAACCGUAUUGCUGAAUUCCAUACUGCUUUGGAAAAUAUUGAACCAGAACAGCUUUUGGAAAAUCCUUUUAUCAAACACCCAGUUCAUUUGGAACAGUAUCUCAUGGAAGGAAGUUAUAAUAAAGUAUGGAAUUCUAGAGAACAAGUACCCGCACCUGAAUAUCGUUUUUUUAUUGAUAUUUUAAUGGGGACUAUUAGGAGUGAAAUUGCGAGUUGCAGUGAGAAAGCAUAUUCAAGCUUGCCUUUGGUUGAUGCCGCAACAUUGUUGUUCUAUAAUAAUCUUAACGAUGUUUUGAAUUUUGCUAUGGAGCGUGAAUGGAAGGUAAAUCCGACAGAAAAGAAAAUAUAUUUCACGACAAAGGAUGAUAAUCUUGUUGAGAUACCACAUGCUAAUAUUACUAAACAAGCACUUAAUUAUGCACACACUAAAAAUACGAUCUAA